CCCGAGCAGUACCACAAGGGAGGGCGAGGAGAGUGUGAGGCUGACGGAGGUGGCUGGGCACCCCUCAUCCCGCUCCCACCGCACCAUGUCCCUGGUGGAGACGAUCCGGCUGUGGCAAGAAGGGGUGUGUGCGGCGGACACAAAGGAGUGGGGGGCGGCCCUGGAGGCCUUCACGGCCGUCCAGAACCCCCCUGCCAAAAUCUGCUUUAACAUUGGCUGCAUCCACCUCGUUCUGGGGAAGAUGGCAGAGGCAGAAGAGGCGUUCACCCGGAGCAUCGUCUGCGACAAGCACCUGGCUGUGGCUUAUUUCCAGCGGGCGAUCGUGUUUUACCGGAGGCAGAUCCAUGAAAAGGCCAUUGAGGACUUCAAAGAGGCGCUGGCCCAGCUGCGAGGCAACGAGCUGAUUGACUACAAGAUCCUGGGGCUGCGCUACAGGCUCUUUGCUUGUGAGAUCCUCUACAACAUUGCACUGGUAUAUGCUACGAUGGAGGACUGGAAAAAAGCUGAGGAGCACCUGAUGCUGGCCAUGAGGAUGAAGAGUGAGCCCCAGCACAACAAGAUCGACAGGGCGAUGGAAGCCAUCCUGAAGCAGAAGCUCUGCGAGCUGGUGGCCAUUCCUGCGGGGAAGCUGUUUAGACCAAAUGAAAAGCAAGUUGCUCAGCUGGAGAAGAAGGACUAUCUGGGGAAAGCUACGGUGGUGGCAUCUGUGGUGGACAAGGACGAUUUUUCAGGAUUUGCUCCACUCCAACCCCAGGCCUCUGGUCCUCCACCCAGGCCCAAGACCCCAGAAAUCCUCAGGGCCCUCCAAGGGCAGCCGCACCGUGUCCUGUACGAGUUCAUCCCCGAGACCGCCGAGGAGCUGCCGGUCCUGCCAGGAAACAUUGUCUUUGUCCUGAAGAAAGAGAAAGACAACUGGGCUACAGUGAUGUUCAACGGAAAGAAAGGGAUCGUCCCCUGCAACUUCCUUGAGCCUGCAGAGCUCCAGAACCAGCUGCGGAUCCAGGAAGAAACCCCUCUUGAAGCCGAGAUCCCUGAGCCACCCACCUCCAGUGCUCCAGAGAGGCCACGGCGGCCAGCACCAGACCGUGCUCCGGCUCCCGUGACGCAGCCAAGAGCCACAGCAAAGGAGGUCGAAGCUGCUGUCUCCAGCCCCCACAUCCUCAAGGUGCAUUACAAAUACACCGUUGCCCUGCGAGUCGAGCCAGGCCUCUCCUACACAGAGCUCCUGGGCCUGGUUUGCAAGAAACUGGAGCUCCAGCCUGAGCACACGUUGCUGAGGUACAGGCCCACUGAGAGCCAAGUGCUGGGGACUCUGUGUGCAGAGAACCUGGAGGCAGCUUGGAGUCAGAGCAAGGGUAACUGCCUGACAGUCUGGUGCGACAUCACGGAGGGAGAGGGGUUUUUACUGGACAGCAAACCAGAGGAGCCACUGCUGGAGGCAACACCAGAGGACAUGGGACCAACUCAAGUUGUAGCUCAGUACAGUUACGAAGCCACUCAGCCUGAAGACCUGGAGUUUCAGGCAGGAGAUGUGAUACUUGUUCUAUCCAAAGUGAAUGAAGACUGGUUGGAAGGCCAGUGCAAUGGCAACGUUGGCAUCUUCCCAUCUGCUUUUGUUCAUAAGUCUAACACUAAAGACCCAGAGAUGUGACUUCAGAAGAGCUAAAGUUGUGGAAAGGAAUUAAGUAUUCAACCGUUGCAAUUAAGGAGUUUCUGUAUUAGUCACUGUGUCUGAAAAGG